AUGGGUGACAAGGAUAGUUUGGUUGACAUCUGCCUUAGAGUGGGAGGUGCUUUUGUCCCUAAAAGAGUAACCAAAAACAGGCAGCUGCUGUGUUGGUGUGGUGGUUGGUGUUACUGGAAGAGGAAGGUUCAAGUAUCUAAGUUGGAUGUGCAUUUGAUUAGAACAGCUGCAAUUCAUGGUUUUGUUAAUGGUGAUAUGGAUGUGCCUAUGCAUUACAGCUGUUGGUAUAGGCAGAAGGGGAAAACCUUUAACACUGGGAAAAGGGAACUAGUUAACAGUGAAGAGGUUAAGGGCCUUUUGGAGACAGUAAAUGAAGAGGGGUAUGUUGAGGUUUUUGUAACAACAGAAGCUCCUAGUCAGCCCAUACAAGAGGCCCAACCCAAUCCUGCAAAGACAAAAAAAAAGGAUAAGAAGGUAGAAAGUUCAAAUACAUCGACUAUUAGGAGGAGCCCUAGGUUUAAGAAGACAGAAACUGAACAAAGGGAGGAGAGUCCACCUAGGAAAGCCUCAGCUAAUGCUAAAGUGUUGAGGUUUGAUGAAGAAAAGGAUGAUGGAUGUGAAGGAUCUGGUUAUUCAAGUUCAGAUUUGAGUGAUGAGGGACAAGAUUGGGAACCUGGUGAAGAAGAAUUUGAUGAAGGGGAUGAGGAAUGGUAUAUUGAAGGGUCAAAGGAGAUCUUGGCCAAAGUGAACAAGAGCCUUAGGAAAGGUUUGGAGAGUGCAGUAGAUGACAGGGUUGGCAAAGAUAAGAGAGUAGAGUUGAGAAAUGAUUUGGAUGUUGGAAAACCGAAGGUGAAUCCAGAAAGUGAUGCUGAUUCAGAUGAUUCAAGGAGUUUGUGUGGAUCUGAUGAGGAACAGGACUAUGCUCCUUGGUUUAAUGCUGAUGUGGACUUUGACAACCCAAUCAAGUUGAAGUUAAAUCAGAAAUUCAGUAAUGCUUCAGUCUUGAGGAGGGCCUUAAGACUUCAUGCCAUUCAAAACAGGUAUGAGUUCUACUACUUGCAUAAUGACAGUAAAAGGAUUACAGUUCAGUGUAGAUAUAGAUGUGGCUGUGAGUUCAAUAGCUACACUUGUAGAAUGCCUGCUUGUACAUGUGUGGGGGGGGUAAAGUGUCAGUUCAAGGUGUUUGCAUCAAAACUUGUUAAGCAGCAAACUUGGCAAAUCAAAACCUUGAAUUUAGACCAUUCCUGCUUCAGAGUAAAGAAGAACAAGAUGCUUACUGCUGAAUACAUAGCAGAGAGGUAUUUAGAAGAGUUUAGGAGUAACCCUGGUUGGAGAAUUAAGGAGAUUAGGGCUAGGAUUUUGAAUGAUUUAGGAGUUGAUGUGAGUUACUAUAAGGCAUGGCUAGCUAGGUGUAGGGCAAAACUACUGAUAUUUGGUUCAGCUAGGGAGCAGUAUGCUAGGGUGUGGGAUUAUGGGAAAGCUGUGAUGAAGUACAACCCUGGUUCAGGGUGCAAUGUUGUUGUUGAUGGUAUUGACAGGCCAGAGCCACCAUUGUUCAUGAGGAUGUUCAUCUGUUUAAGGCCAUUGAGAGAUGGAUUUGCAAAGGGUUGUAGGCCUUUAAUAGGGUUGGAUGGUUGUCACCUCAAGGGUGCCUUUCCUGGGCAAAUUCUGGUGGCAGUUGCUAAGGAUGGGAAUAACAACUUGUUUCCUCUAGCUUGGGCCACAGUGGAGAUUGAAAACCAGGAAACUUGGGGUUGGUUCUUGGAAUCCCUUAUGUCAAUGUUCACACAUGAUCAAGGAGCUGGGCUGACCAUCAUGUCUGACAGGCAAAAGGGUUUGAUUAAAGCAAUGGCUGAUGUUAUUCCCAAAGCUGAGCAAAGGUUUUGUGUGAGGCAUAUUUGGGCUAACUUCAAGCUCAACUUCACUGGAUCAACCUUUAAGGAGCUGUUUUGGAGAGCAGCUAGGGCCACCACCAUUUUUGAGCAUGAAAUUGCCAUGGAGUCUAUCAAAUUCCUCGAUGAAGAGGCAUAUGAGUAUUUAAUCAACAUUCCUCCCCACCAUUGGUCUAGACAUGCAUUCACACCAAACUGCAAGUCCAACAUGUUGUUGAACAACAUGUGUGAGACUUUCAAUGCAGUCAUUAGGCCUGCCAGAGAUAAACCUAUCCUCACCCAAAUGGAAUGGAUGAGGAGGUAUAUUAUGAACAGGAAUAAUGAAAAGUGGGAGGAUUCAAAAACAAUUACACACAACUUAGUGCCAUAUGUGAGGCAUGUUCUGGGGAGGAUAGACUUUGUGGCUAGGUCCUGUGUGGUGCAGCCAUCCAGAGGGAAUACAUUUGAGGUGCAGCUGAAGGAUGACCAGGUGUUGGUUGAUUUGGACAAGGAGACCUGCACAUGUUACCAUUGGGAACUCACUGGCAUUCCAUGUGUUCAUGCUUAUGCCUGCAUAUUGGAUAUGAGGGGUGACAUAGAGGCUGUUGUUGACCCAUACUAUACCAUGGACACAUACAGGUCUGCUUAUGAACCAGCUGUCCAACCAAUGCCUGGCCCAAAGCACUGGGAGAGAGUCAGAAUGAGGGAACCACUACCCCCUUCUGUUAAGGUGCAACCUGGGAGACCAAAGAGCAAAAAAAGGAAGCUUGAGCCAGGAGAAUGUUCUUCUUCAGGUGGUCAGGCAAGUACCAAGAGGAAGAAGCAAUGCAGCAACUGUGGGGGAUAUAGGCAUUAUGCCAAGACUUGCAAAGUACCUGCUGCACCAGCUACAGAGCUGAUAAAGUCAGCAGGCAGACCCCCACUGAACACUCCUUGGAUGGUGGAGGAGAGGAAGAAGAAAGAGAUUAGGGCUGCUAAAAAGAGUGCAAUUGGGGCUGGACCAAACAGCAUAGGAAACAAAAAGUUUCCUCAAGAGCAAGAAGGUUGUCUGCCAUUCAGCAAGCGCCCACAGCCACAGUCUUCCUCAGCUAAGCAUUCCUCAGCUCAGCCAUCCUCUAGUCAGCCAUCCUCAGCUCAGCCUUCCUCAAGUCAGCCUGCCUCAAGCCAACCAAAAAGAAAGACAAGGUCUUCCUCAAGUCAGCCUACAACAGCCACAGGUGUUGUAACAAGGGCCAGGCUGCAAUCCCUCAACAACCUUACUCAGUGAUGUACUCAUG